GCAAAUAAGGUGAAUAUUGAAGAAUUAUGGUCGACGGAUUCAGUUAACGGAAUCGUGUUCUACAAGGCAGUCAUGUCGAAACAUCGGUACAAAGAGAUCACACGGCACAUUCGAUUUGAUGACACUGUUAACCGACGCGCGUUGCACCGAGAGUUGAAUGGUCCAUCUGCUUCAUCUGAUCGUCUACUGAAAGUUCGUUGGUUCCUCGAUAAAUUUCGUGAGAAUUUUUCUUCAAAGUACAAUCACAGCAAAAAUUUGACUGUUGACGAGAGAAUUGUUUCAUACCGUGGGAGAUGUUUCUUUAUCGUCUAUAUCAAAGCAAAACCUCAUCCGUAUGGAAUAAAAGUUUGGGGCAUUUCUGACGCGGAGAACUCAUAUUUCAUAUUCUUCGAGGUAUACGCUGGUAAGUUGAAGAAAUAUUUUGUCUUGCGAAAAAGUGACUACAAUGUUAUAUGAAUGAAAUCAACAUAUUUUAUUCUAAAUUGGUGUAAAAUAUUCAGUUACUUUUUGUCAGUAGAUAUAUCUGAAGAAAACAUUUUGACCGGCUAUGUCGUCUGAAAUAGCAAAAAUUUCACAAUUUUUAUCUUAGAACGGUUGUAAACCUUAUUUACUAUCAAAUAUUUUAGUCAUCUUUUGCCACUUAUCCAAUAUACUUGGACAUAAAAGUUAAAAUUUAAUCGAAAUUUCAUGCUACUUUUCGUAUAUCAAAUAUUACGGGUCACUUGGUCACACUUUUUUUUGUUGUGUAAUGGUUGUACUUAAAAAAAUGUACUAUUGAAUAUAAUGUUCUCCCUUAGGAAAAGUUGGAGGCAAAAGCGAAAAAAAUCAAGGUCGGCGUGUUGUACUGGACAUGGUUGAUAAGUUCAAGGAGACUGGGAGACGCGUGUUCUUCGAUAAUUUUUUUACCAGCGUUCCGCUUUGUGAAGAUCUUUUGAGUAUUGGUUUCACCAGCGUCGGCACAUUACGGGCCAACAAGCGAGAAAUACCGGACGAAUUUCUCGUUUACAAAAAGAAAAAAAUGGAUGUACAACGUGAAGUAGGAUCAUGCCUCCAGGCGUAUCACGAAAACAUCAUGCUAACAUCAUGGAUUCCAAAAGUAGGGAAAAACAUCCUACUGUUAUCAUCAGAUCCUGAUGCAAUGGAGAAGGAGACUGACAAUAUUGAGAAACAUGACAAGCAUGAGCACAGUUCAUCUGAAGCCAGCACAUCGCAAUCCAAAAGGAAUACAAGGCAGACUUUGAAACCGUCUGUAAAAAGAACAUCGAUGAAAGCGAAGGAUAAAAUUCUGAAAGAGAUGAAGAAACCUCGUGUGGUGUUACUCUACAACCAAUUCAAAGCUGGAGUUGACUUGACUGAUCGACACACAGGAGACAAACCCAGACUGGCUAAAGGGAUGUCCUUCCAGGAAACGCAAAUAUCUGGAGUGGUUGGCUAA